UUCUUUUGUCUAUUGAUUCGUCGCGGCCCCACCGAGUAAUGUGAAAUUUUUACAAAAUUUCACAAAUGUAGCGAUAUUCUGAAAGAAUUAGACUGUUAUUUUAUAAUACUCUGUAAAUAAAGUGACUGCAUUAAUAAUUAAGUGACAAAUAAUUAUUUGCAAGUGCCGAAGUGAUCAAACCCCAUGCACAUCUAUCCGCUGCUCGAUAAAUAGCUUUCGAUCGGAUUUUCGCACGUUUGACAAUAAGUGUUGUGAGUUCCUGAAAGGUUCUUGUGCCGGUAGUACGCAGUCGAGUGAAAAACGACGAGAAUCAGUGUUGUGGUGCAUUGCGGUGCAGUGCAGUGCAGGUUCGCGAUGGAACAGUGAGCCAGCGGUCGUGGUGCGGCGCCAGGGGUCCCAGGGGGGGUCAUGCUGGAGACGCGGUCGGUGCGCGCCGCUGACUCGGUGUGGGCGAACAAGCCGCUGCCGGCGCCGCACGCCAUGGCUAAUGCUAGGCACGGGAAGAACGCUCAGGACGAUGUUUGCUACGUGGUGGCGAAGUACGACUACGCGGCACAGGGCGCGCAGGAGCUGGACCUGCGCAAGAACGAACGUUACCUGUUGCUCGAUGACUCUAAGCACUGGUGGCGUGUACAGAACGCGCGCAGCCAGUCCGGAUACGUGCCCAGCAACUAUGUCAAGAAGGAGAAGCCCUCGCUAUUCGAUAGUAUAAAAAAGAAGGUGAAAAAAGGUUCGGGCUCGAAGACUUUACCGUCGAACAGUUCCCCGGUGCGGGGCGGGCCGGAGUCGCCGGGCGCGGGCGGUGCGGGGCCGGGCGGGCGGCGAGCGGAGCCCGCGGACGCGCUCGGCACCGCCGUCGUCAAAUACAACUACCAGGCGCAGCAGCCCGACGAGCUCUCGCUAACCAAAGGCACCAGGAUACUCAUACUAGAGAAGAGCAACGAUGGCUGGUGGCGUGGACAGUACCAGGGCCAUACGGGGUGGUUUCCAUCAAACUACACAAGCGAAGAAGGCGACAAUGAAGAUCCGGUGCACACGUACGCGAUGGCGGAGAAUGUCCUCGACAUUGUGGUGGCGCUGUACUCGUUCACGUCCAACAACGAGGCGGAGCUGUCGUUCGAGAAGGGCGACCGGCUGGAGAUCGUGGAGCGGCCGCCCUCCGACCCCGAGUGGUACCGCGCGCGCGACUCCCGCGGUCAGGUCGGCCUCGUGCCGCGCAACUACCUGCAGGAGCUCGCCGACUACCUCACGCAGCCCUACUGCGAGGCGAACGAGGGCGGGCGCGGCGCGGGCGGAGGCGGGGGCGGGGGCGCGGCGGGCGGUGCCGGCCCCGCCCCACUCGGCCGCGCCUGGUACUACGGCGCCAUCACACGCAUGCACUGCGACACUCUGCUCGACCAGCACGGACACGACGGCGACUUCCUCAUCCGCGACUCCGAGACCAACGUGGGCGACUACUCGGUGUCGCUGAAGGCCCCGGGGCGCAACAAGCACUUCCGCGUGCACGUGGAGGGCAGCCUGUACUGCAUCGGGCAGCGCAAGUUCCCCACGCUGGACCAGCUGGUGGCGCACUACCAGCGCGCGCCCAUUUACACCAACAAGCAGGGCGAGAAGCUGUACCUCGUGCGCCCCCUGCCACGCCCCCCUCCGCAGUGCUGAGCC